AGACAGAGUCAGGCAGACUUCUUUAUCGGCCCACAGGAGCACUUAAAGAUCAUUGUUUCUAAUGAGACAAAUUGUGUUGGAUCACAGGCCCCAUCUGGACAGAAGCUCAGUCCGUGGCCGCCUCUCGACGGCGAAGACAUCUUGAUGUGUUGAUGUUUCGGCGCACAGACAUGUCCACGGCCAGCUGUCUCCUAUCUGAAGACCAGUUUCGGUGCUUCGUCUGUCAGAAUAUCUUUAGGGAUCCAGUCAGCACACCAUGUGGACACAACUUCUGCAAGAUCUGCGUCACAGAUAACUUCUGUGUUGAUGUCCCGUUUCAGUGUCCCAUGUGUGAAAAGAUGUUCUACCCAAAACCAGAGCUGCAGGUCAACACUUUGAUCACUGAGCUGCUCGACGUGUACAUACAGUCAGCUCAGCGCCAGAACCCAGAGCCAGUUAACUGUAAUAUCUUCAGAAAGACCCUCCUCUGUGGAAACAUCCAGGACAUGAUAGAGGAACUCAAACACUGUUCACAGCUCAGCACAGAAGAUGCUUGGACCUUCAGUUCUGCCAAGAGAUGCGUUAAUCUGACCUCGGAGCAGAACAGAACUUACGUGGAGCGGCUCUCUGCUGCUCACCUGGAACUGAUCUUCAUUGAGGUGAUGAAGAAAGAAAUCCCCAAGCUGCUGAUCCGAGCCGAGCUGAUGAGAGCCCAACGCUACGUAGUGGAUGUGACUCUCGAUCCGGAUACGGUACAUCCCAUGCUCGUCUUGUCGGAUGACAGGAAACAAGUGAGAUGUUGUGAUCCAAAGACUCAUCUACCACACGACCAGAAGAGGUUUAUGCAUUGUAAAUAUGUUUUAGGAAAGCAGAGUUUCUCCUCAGGCAGGUUUUACUUCGAGGUCCAGGUGAGAGGAAAGAUCAACUGGACUUUAGGGGUGGCCAAAGAGUCCGUCAAAAGGGUGGGACUUAUUACACUGAGCCCCCAGUCUGGUUACUGGUCCUUAACUGUAAGAAAUGGAAAUGAGUUCUAUGGUAUGUCUGAGCCUCCGGUUUAUUUUUCUCUCCAGCGUGGUCCUGAGAAGGUGGGGGUGUUUGUGGAUUAUGAGGAGGGUUUGGUCUUCUUUUAUGAUGUAGAUGCUGCUGUUCUGAUGUACUCUUUCACUGGCUGCUUCUUCACAGAGAGACUCCACCCGUUCUUUGGUACAGGUAAUAACUACGAUGGUACAAACGGCGCUCCUCUGAUCAUCUCAGCUUUCCCCCUCCUAAAGUUAAAACAGGAUGUUCCUCGCUUUGAUGAUCCGCUUCAAGCUCUUCACUCAGAGUGAUUCCUACCAUUCAAUUCUGAUAAAUGCAGAAGACGUUAAUGUUGUUACAGAAAUGUAUACGAAUAAUCUAAGUAAUGCUGAGGAUGAACAGUAAGGUGAAGUGAAUAAAGAUUAUGUAAACCACUCUUGUUUCUGAAAUAAUUUAGGCAUUUUAAUAAAAUGGCAAAGUAAAAAUAAAGAAG